AUGGGUGCCUAUUCCCAUUUGACAGCAGCGACUGUGAUUGCACUGUCAGCAGCCGUGUCUGCCCAGAAUUCGAGCUCAUGUGCCUCAUUACCUAUUGUGGACCUUGGGUAUGCUCGCCAACAAGCCUCUUCAUAUAACGCUACGGGUGGCUAUUACAGCUUCUCCAAUAUUCGAUAUGCUGCUCCCCCAGUUGGCGAUCUUCGUUUUGCAGCUCCCCAGGCUCCUGCUGUGAACCGAACUCAGGUACAGACCGGAAGUGUUAGCGUUAUUUGUCCCCAAGCCAACCCUGCGUGGGAGAUCAUCGCUGGACAAUGGAUUCCCGAGUAUCUGCUACAGAACAAAACCAGUUUCACCAUGUCAGACUUCAACCUGACCACUGCCAGCAGCAACUCAUCUGCGGCUAGCUCGACUGGUCCUACACAGAGUGAAGAUUGUCUUUUCCUCGAUGUCGUGGUUCCCGAAGGUAUCUUCAACUCCAACGAGCAGCAUCCCGUAUUGGUCUGGAUCUACGGCGGAGGCUACACUGCGGGAUCCAAGUCUGGUAGCGGUAAUCCAGCUGGUCUGCUCGAGCGGUCUCAAAUGGACAACUCUAGUGGUGUCAUCUAUGUGGCUAUGAACUACAGACUUGGUGCAAUGGGAUGGCUUUCAGGUCCUACUUUCCAGGAGAAUGGCACUGCAAAUGCUGGCUUGUACGACCAGCGAUUCGCCUUAGAGUGGGUGCAGCAAAACAUCCAUCUAUUUGGAGGCGAUCCAAAGAACGUGACUGUCUUUGGCGAGAGCGCUGGAGGUGGCUCAAUUAUGCAUCAGAUCACUGCCUUUGGUGGCCUCAAAGGUCCAGCUCCUUUCGCAGCUGCCGUGCCACAAUCGCCCGGCUUCUUCCCUGUAGUUUCCCCUUCAGCGCAGGAAGGCGUCUUCAAUGAUUUCCUUGCUCUAUUGAAUGUGAGCACACUGGCCGACGCACGCAAACUGUCUUCGUCUGCUAUCAUUGCUGCAAACGCAAAACAAGUCGGCGGAGCUCCCUACGGUCAAUUUGUCUACGGACCUGCCGUGGAUGGCGACUUUGUGCCCGCACUGCCGGGCCAAUUGCUCGCACGUGGCCAAUUCGACAAGAAUCUCUCCAUCAUGACCGGUCAUAACGCAAACGAAGGCCUCCUUUUCACCUCCCCAUUCAUCGACAACAACACAGCUCUUGACACCUUCCUGACCACGAGCUUCCCUGCACUGAGCUACAUGCCAAAGACCCUAAACUACAUCACCGGAACACUCUACCCGCCAAUUUUCGACGGCAGCCAGGCCCAAAACUACACCAACCAGAUUGGCCGUGUGGAGGCUAUCUUGUCCGAGGCCGUCUUCACCUGCAAUGCUGUCUGGCUCAACAAGGCUUACAAUAACGAAACCCACGCCUACCUAUUCGACGUACCUCCUUCGCUCCACGGACAGGAUAUCGCAUACACCUACUACAACGGUAACGGUAGCACAGUUGCCGCCAGUGGAGGAACCAGUUUCGGCGUGCAGAAUGUUGCCGUUGCGCUCGCCAUGCAGGAGUACAUUACCGAGUUUGCAAAGACUGGUAACCCCAACAUUAGAGGUCUGCCUUACUUCCCCAUGUACGGAAGUAACGCGACUGUUCAGGCCCUGGGACCGAGAAACAUUGCACCCACUAGAGACCCUGCUGCCAGUGCGAGAUGCGCUUGGUGGCAGAAGGGCCUGUUCUAUUGA